AUGAAUAUUAUUUAUAAUGUUACAAGUAUACCUGUAGGUAAUAAUUAUAUUCUGUGUACCUAUAAUUUUUUGAAUUAUAAAAGUUAUAUUUUUUACUUUAUAAAGAAAUUUCAAGUUUACAUUUUCUUUAAAAAUUUAUAUAAUAAAAUUAAUAAUAAUUAUAUUUUUAAAGAAAUAAAUUACAAUUAUACAAAUAAUUAUCAAUAUAAUGAAACUAUGUUUUCAGAAGAAGGCAUGUAUUUUAUUUUUUUUUUAAUUAUUUAUAGAUUUAUUAAAUUUUUAUAUUUUUAUAUAACAAAAGAAAAACAAGAUAUGAAUGGAUAUAUAAUAAAUAGAAAUGAUUUUAACAAUGAAAUAAAAGUAGAGAAAAACAAAAAUGAUAAAAAAAAAUUUAAAAAUAAAGAAGAAUUGGAUAAUUCUAAAGAAAAAAAAGAAAAUAGUAUAGAAUAUAUUAAAAGGAAAAAACUAGAUACAUUUAAAAAUGAACAAAUUAAUAUAAAAAAUGAUAUAAAAAGAAUUGUAAUACUAGAAAUAAAAAAGAAUAAAAUGAAUGAAAUUUUAUAUUUAAUGAUGAGAUAUUGUUUGAUUUAUCGAAGAGUAAGUUUUUUUUUUAAAUUAGGAAAAUUUGUAAAUUUUAAUAAUAUUCACAUUAAUCUAAUACAUGAUAGAAAAAAAUAUAUAACAAUUACAAUAGACAAUAUAAUAUAUAAAAAAAUUUAUUAUAAAAAAAUUUUAAAAAAAAUUAAAUAUAACAAUAGGUCAAUUAAAGACAUUAAAUUAAGAAAAAGAAAUUCUUAUCAAUUAAGAAAUAUAAUAAAUAAGCAAAUUUUAAAUAAAAAAAAUAAAUUUAUCAAAAAAAAAUAUCUAUUAUAUAAAAAUUCGAAAUUUUUUAGUAUUAUAUCUUAUAUUUUUGUAGAGUUCGAAAAAAAUUAUAGGAUAUAUAGGAAUAAUCUUCUCAAAUGUUUGAAUAUUUUUGCAAAAUAUAUACUUAAAAUGAUUUAUUUUUAUCGGAAUUACACAAUUUUUAAAGGAAUAAAUAAUGCUUUUAUGAAAAACAUAAAAAUUAUUCAUUUCUUGAAACAUUUUUUUUAUGAAAAUAAACAUAUUUUAAAAAAUUUGAGUUAUUAUUUUUGUUACAAAAAUGUAAUUAAAAUUUUUCAAAAAAUUUAUAUUAACAAUUGCCUUAUUCAUUAUACAAGUGAAGCAAAUUAUAUUAAAUGUAAGGAUUUAUAUAAUGAGAGUAUUAAUAAAUAUAAAAUGAUUAGUAACAAUUAUAAAUAUAACAAAUAUAAUUAUGUUAUGAAAUAUAUCUGCAACAAUAAUAAUAAUAUUAGUAGUAGUAGUAGUAGUAGUAAUAAUAAUAUUAGUAGUAGUAGUAAUAAUAAUAUUAGUAGUAGUAAUAACAAUAAUAAUAAUAAUAAUAAUAAUAAUAAUAAUAAUAAUAAUAAUAAUAAUAAUAAUAAUAAUAAUAAUAAUAGUAAUAGUAGUAAUAGUAGUAAUAACAAUAAUAAUAAUAGUAAUAAUAAUAAUAAUCAUAAUAAUAAUAAUAGCUAUAGUAGUAAUAAUAAUAAUAAUAAUAAUAGUAAUAGUAGUAAUAGUAGUAAUAAUAAUAAUAAUGGUGAUGAUGAUGAAGAUAAUGAUGAUUUGAAGGAUACAAAAAAAUUUAAAGAUUUAAAUUAUUUAAAAAAAAAAAAGAAAGAAAAAGAAGAUGGAAAAUAUGUUUUUCUAUGUAAGAAAAAUAUAAUUAAAAACAUCAGAAAAAAAGGAAAAGAAGAUGGAAAAUAUGUUUUUCUAUGUAAGAAAAAUAUAAUUAAAAACAUCAGAAAAAAAGGAAAAGAAAAUAUUUUUAAAAUUAUAUUUAGAAAAUAUAAAAGAAAAUUAAAAAGACAUAAACACGAUGAAGCUUUCUACAUUACUUUAAAGAAGUAUAAAAGAUUAUGUAUGAACUUAAAAAUUUUGAAUAAAAACUUAAAUAAAAGUGUAAAAAUUAAUAAUAAGCUUAAAAGAAUAUUUUAUGGAAAUUUCUUACAUAAACGUUGUUCAUCUAACAAAAAAGGAAGUAUUUUUUAUAAUGAUUUAUAUACUAAUGAAAAAAUUUUAUUCUUACUAUUCCUUCUAUUAAAACAUAAAGAUAUUACUGAGAAUUUAGUAAUUAUUAAUAAUAAAAUUUAUGAUAUUAUAAGAAAUAAUAAUUCUCUUAUUUGUUUAAACUCAUUGAUAAAUGAAAAUGAUUUUUAUUUAAAUAAUACAUUUAAUUACCAUAGCUAUAAGGAAUAUAUUUUAAAUUAUAUUUUAAAAUCAUUAUAUAAUUCAAAUAAAUCCUUUGAAUUUAAAAAUUUUGAAAAAAAGUUAAAAAGAAUAUAUGGACUACAUAAAAAUAAUUUUUGUUACAAUAUCUUUGAUCAUCAAUACAAAAAUAGUGAUUAUUUGGAAAAAUUAAAGAAUUUAAAACAAAAAGACGAUGAAAAUAUUUAUAAAACUGAAAAUUUUGAAGCAUUUAAUAAGAGUUACUAUGUAAACAAGGAUACAUUGAGACAUAAAGAAAAUGUAAGAUUAAAAAUAAAUAAUGCAAUAAAUCAUGCAAAUAUUUUUAAUGAUGAAAAUUCUGUUUAUUUUUAUGAAUCUUCUUGUGAAGAAAACAUAAAUGGAAAUUUCGAUUAUGAAUUAAAUAGCGACACUUUUAAUAAUAAUUGUAUACUUAAAUAUGAUAAAAAUUUAACUGAAACCAAUAAUAAAUAUAACAAAAAUAAUUUGGAUGAAAAUAAUCUAAAUGUAAAAAUUUUGAUUGAAAACAAAUUUCUUAAAAGUAUAAAUGAAAAUUUAAAUGAAACGCAUGAUAAAAAAUAUAUGAAUGAUCACUUAUAUAAAUUUUUUCAAGAUAGUCAGAAUGAAUUAUUAACAUAUAUAAGUAUUCUAAUAAAUAAUUAUAUUAGUAAUAUUAAUAAUAAUAUUAAUAAUAAUAAUUAUUAUUAUAGUUCUUUUAAUAAAAACAAUAAUGACAAAGAAUAUUAUGAUAAAUUAAAUAUUAAAUUAAAAAUAGAAGAAAAGGAUAAUUCAAAUUAUGAAAAUUUUAAAAUAAAUUUAUAUAACAAAAUUAUAAAAAUUUUAAAUGUACUAGAUGAAAUAGAUAAUUAUAUUGUAAAAAAAUCUAAUAAUAAUGUUGAAAAUAAAAAUUACAUAAAUAGUAACACCUUAAUUAAUAUAAACAAAAACAUUAAAGAAAGUAACAAUAUAAAAGAUUCAGAAAAAGAACAGAGCUUAUUAGAUGAAGAAAAUAUGAAUUUAAAAAAAAAGAAUCAUGAAGAUAAAAAAUAUUUUUAUAAUUUAAGUAUUGAAAAUGAUAAAGGAAACAUAAUAAAAAACAUUGAUAUCUCUAAUAUAAAAGAAGUUAAAAAAAAUAAUUGCAAUGUAAAAACAGAUUAUCCACAAAAUAAUAAAAAAUAUGAAAAAGAUGAAAGUGAAAGAAGUUCUUUUAGUAAUCAAAUUAAUUGUAAAACAAACACUAGGAAUGAUAUGAAAAUUAAUUUGAAAAAUUUAAAUAAUGAUAUAUAUAUAUAUAAUGAAUUUAGUAAAGAGAAUAAUAUUUAUUUAGAUAGGAACAAUAAUAAAUGUAUUGAUGAUUGUGGUGAUGAUAUAUCUUUUGAUAAAUUUAAUGAUAAUGAUAAAAAAGAAAAAAGUAAUUAUAUAGAUAAUAAUAUAAAAAAAAGUAAUGCUUAUAAUGAAGAUGUAAAUAAGAUAUACAAUAAUUUUAAAGAAGAAAUAAACAAUUUUACCAGUGAUAAUAAUAUUAAUAUGUGUGUAAAUAUUAAUAAAAAAAAUUUAUCUAAUUAUUAUCCUAACAUUAUAAACAACAAAAAUGAUAUAAAAAAUAAAAUGAAUUCAGUUAGUAAAAGUUUUGUUCUAAAUAAAAAUGGUAAUGAUAAUGAAUCUAUUUUUAGUAGUAAUAUAAAAAAUAAUAUGAAUGAAAGUAUUAAUAAUGAAUGUAAUAAUAACGUUUGUAAUUUUAUAGAUAAUAAAUUAACGAAUGAUGAAAUUUUUUUAGAAAAAAACAAUAAUAUAAAUAAUUUUGUAAAAUUUCAAAAAGAAGACAAGUUAAAUAGUUUGAUGCAUUUAUAUUUAAAAAAUAUGACAAUAUCAAAAAAUGAUAACAUAAUACACAAAAAUGAGCAGGAAUUUAAAAAUAAUACCUGUUCUAAUAUAAAUAUAGGAAAAAAUAUAGUUAAUAUAAGUUGCGAAAAUUUUAUAAGAAAUGAAAAUAAAAGUGAUGAUAGCAUUCAAAACGAAUAUAAUAAUUUUUUAUCAGAUUAUUCCCAAAACAAAAUAAUAAACAAAUCAGAUUUUAAUAUAGAAAAAAAUAUAAAUGAAAAUUUAUUAAAUGAUGAAAAGUAUUCUUUUUAUAUGCAAAAAAAUUCAAAUGAAGAUAGAGAGGUAUCUAAUUUUUUGGGUUAUUCUGAAUGUUUUACUAAAAAUAUGAACAAAAAUAUGAAUACUGAUAAUAACAACCUAAAUAAAAUUGACAAGGAUAGCAUAAAAAUUAAUGAAGACGCUGAAUAUUAUUUAGAAAAUAAUAAGGGCAAUAAUAAUUUUAUAAUUAAUAAUUAUAAUAAUUAUAUAGAUGAUUUUAGUAGCACUUUCAAUUGCAAAGAUAAUUUUAAUGACUUUGAUGAAUUUAAUGAUAAAACAAAUAUGGAUGAUUUUAAUGAAUUUAAUGUUGAAAUUGAUUUUAAUGAUUUGAAUAAAUAUAAUGACAAAAUGAAUUUAGAUUAUUUUAAUGAAUUUAAUGUUAAAAUUGAUUUUAAUGAUUGGAAUAAAUUAAAUGAAAAAGGCAUUUUUGAUGAUUUAAAAAUCUUUAAUGAUGUGAACUUAACAAAUAAUGAAAAUAAUAAAAUAAAUAAAAAAAAAGAAAAAAACAUAAAUUUUUAUAAUAGUGAUACUAAUAAUUGUAAUGAUAAAAAUACUAAUAAUGGUGAUUGUAUGAAUGAUAAUAAUAAUACAAAUAAUAAUUAUUUUAAGAUAAAAAAUCCUAAAAGUGAUGUUCACAUAAAAAUAGAUUUGAAUAUUGAUUGUAAUAACUUUAAUUUUAAUACAAAAAAUAAUAAUAAAAUGAAAGAAUAUUAUAAUUCAAGUGAGGAAUUAUUAAGUAAUAGUAGCAAUACGGAGAGUACGAUUGCAAUUAGCUAUGAUAACAAUAAAGCAUAUAAAGAUGAUAUCACUAACAGUAGUAAAAUAUUAACCCAAUUGGAUAAUUAUGAAAUAAAUAAAAAUAAUGAAAUUCCAUUAAAAGAUAUAACAUUGAAUAAUAUAAGAAAUUCUUUCAAUUAUGAUUAUGAAUGUGAAAAUAUAAAUAACAAUGAAUUGAGUGAUUACUUAAAUUUUAAGAGCAAAAUAGAUGUUUUUACUUAUGUAGAAAAUGAUUUAUUAAAUUAUGAGAAUGAAGAAGAUAAAAAUUAUAUGUAUACAAAACUAAAUGAAAUGAAUAUAAAUGAUAAAAAUAAUAAAAUAUUGAGUGACUCUUUAAAUUCUUUUAAAAGAUCAAAUAAUAGAUCUAGAACAUCACCACCACAAAUGCAUUAUAAUGAUAAAGAAAUGAUGAAAUAUUUAGAAAUGAAUCAAGGAAUAAAUAAUGAUUAUUUAUAUGUAUUUGAUAUUAAUAAUAUGUGUAAUGAAAGUGAUUUAUUUAGUGAAAACAUAAACAAUGAAGUUUUUUAUAAUUUAAAUACUAUUAAGAAAGAAAAAUAUAACAAUGAAAAAAAAGAGGAAGAAAAAAUAGAUGGAAAAGAAGUAGAAGAGGAAGUAAAUGAAGAAAAAAAAAAUGGUAAACAAAAUAAUAAUAGAAAAGGAGAAGAUGAAAAUUUUUUGACCAAUAUAAAAAAAAUUAAAGAGAAUAUAAUAAAUGAAGAAACAAAACAAGAUGAAAAGAAACAAAUAAAAGAUGAUAAUAAUAAAAUAGCUGAUAAUGAAGAUAACAUGAAUUUAAAAAAAAAUGUUAAUUUUACAAACACUUUAAAUAUUGUGAAUGAUAAUGAAAUUAAUAUUCAAAAAAAUGUAAGAUCAAUUACAAUGGCAGAAAAUAAAAUGAAUAAUGUAGUAGAAAAUACAACAAAUAUGCAAGACAUUUUACAUAUAAAUGGGCAAUGUAAACCAUGUGCUUUUUAUUAUAAUAAAAAAAAAGGAUGCAGAAAUGGAGAUACUUGUGAAUUUUGUCAUCAUAUAGAUCAUUCGAAUUUAUCAUUAAAACAAUGGAAAAAACAGCAAAAGAAAAUGAUUAAGUUAGGUAUUCUUAGUAUUGAUAAUAAGUUAAAAAAAGAAAAUUUAAAUACAGCUUUAAAUGAAAAUAAUAACUGUACUACAACUUUAAAAAACAUAAAUAGUAUUAUUUUAAAUAGUGUUAAUAAUAAUACUAAGUUAAAUUUAAAUAGUAAUAAGGAAACUUGCACUUUUAUUUUAAAGAAUUCUAAUAAUAAUAAAGUAAAUUCUAAUAUUAAUGAUCUUAAUAAUAAUGUAAGAAAUGGAAAUAAUAAUAACGAUAAUCAGAAUAAUGGUAACAAUAUUAUUAAUAACAAUAAUAAUACUACAAACAAUAAUAACAUUAAUAAUAAUAAAAAUACGAAUAUUAAUAAUAAUAAUGGUAAUAAUUGUAACACCAGUACGAAUAAUAAUAACAAUAAUUGCAAUAAUAAUAUCACUAAUACAAAUAUUAAUAAAAAUAUUAAUAAAAAUAAUAAUAAUAAAAAUAAUAAUAAUAAUACCAAUACAUUAUCUACUAAUACUAUAAAUAAUAAUAACUGUACUAAUAGUAAUUAUAAUAAUAAUAGUAAUAAUACUAAUAAGAAUAUAACAAUUACUACUACUACUACUACUAAUAAUAGUAAUAUUAAUCAUACCAUUAAUAAUUAUAAUAAUAAGAAUAAUUUUAAAAAUGAUUCUAAUACGAAUAAUACUAGUAUAAUUAAUAACAACAGUAAUAAUAAUUAUAAUUAUAAUAACAUUAAUACUACUAAUAAUAGUAUUAAUGUUAGUAAUAAUAAUGAAGUUAAUAGUAGUAUCAAUAUUAGUAAUGAUAUUAUUACUAAUAAUAUCAAUAAUACAAAUAUUAUAAAUAAUAAUAAUAAUAAUAAUACUAGUAACAAUAUAAAUACGAAUAUUAAUAAUGAUGAAAUUAUUGAUAAUAUAAAUAUGAGGAGUAUUAAUAAUAGUAAUAUUAAUGAUAAUAGUAUUAUUAUUAAUAAUAAAACUAAUAAUGCAUAUAUUAGUAAUGAUUUAAAAAUCAAUCACAUGAAUACAAAUAACAUUAAUAAAAUAAAUUGUAAUGGCGUUAAUUCAAAUAAUAAUAUAAAGAAUUCAUUCAAUAAUAAUAAAAUCGCAAGUUUAAGCAUUAGUAAUAAUUUAAAUAAUAAUUUUAUAAAUUCAAAUAUUAAUAAAUCAAGUUUAAAUAAUAAUCGUAUUAUGAAUAAUAGUAGCAAUAAUUCUCAUAAUAAUUUAAUCUAUUCUUUUAUUCCAAAUAUAACGAGAAACUAUUCCUUUGAAUUGCAUAACUGUUAUAAAAAAAAUGAUACAAAUAGUUUAUUUAAUAACUCUAAUAAUAUUCAUAACUAUGUAAAUGAUGAUGAAAUAAAAAAUACAAAAAAUUUAAAUAAGCAGAAUCAGUCAAAUAAUUUAAAAAAAUAUAUUUUUAAUUAUGAUAUAAACAAAGUAAAGUUUAUGAAUGAUAAUGAAAAGGAAAAUGAAUAUUCUGUUGAUCAUUAUUUAAGAGAUAACAACAGGGGAAAGAAUAAAAAUAAUAAAAUAAUAGCAAACAAUAAUGAGGUAGUUCAAGCAAAUCAUUUAAAUAAAAAUGAUAAAAAAAAUUUUAAUUGUGAUAAAGACUCUCAUAAUAAUAGCUUAAAUAACAUUAAUAUAAAAUUUAAUAAUUCUUGUUAUGAAAACUUCUAUAGAAGAGAAAAAAAAAACGCUAAAAUUGAUGAAGAAUUAAUGAAAAUUAGUAAAAAUGAAAAAUUUAUAAGUAAAAAUAUUGAUUUAAUAAAUUUAAAGGAUGAUAUGAAUCCUAUCAGUAUCAACACAGAUGAAAGUGUAAAAAAUCAUUUAAAUAAAAAAAAUAACAUUUCUUCAAAUAAUUGUAAUAAUGAAAAUGAUAUAUUAAAAAAAAAGGAAAUGAAAGAAGAAUACAAUGAGAAAAAUUCUAUAUAUUUAGAUAAAAGAAAAAAUAAAUUCAAUCAAAAUAUUGUAAAUAACAACAUAGUUGAUGUAUCAAUUAAUAAAUUAUUUCAUCAAUUAGAUAAUUCAAAUAUAAAUUUAAUGGAUAAUAGAUUAAAUAAAAUAAAAGAUAAAAAAAAUAAUAUGAUAGAAAAUCUUCAAAAUAAUACUAACGGGAACAUAUCAAAGGAAUCUAUAAAAAUAAAUGGUAACAAUUUAAAUAAAAAUAAUAGAGAGGUAUGCCACAAUGUAUAUAAUAGUGUUAAUAAAAUAAAUGAUAUAAUUAAUUACUCAAUUAAUGAUAUGUAUAUUGAGAAAGAUAUUACAAAAAAGAAUGUUAAUAUAAGUGAAUAUUAUAAUAAUGAUCAUUUUAAUCAUGAUUUUGAUAUAAAUAAUCAUUUGAGUGAAAUAUUUGAGUUUAAAAAAAAUAUUCAUCAUAAUGCUUUAGAUAAUUUAAAUGAUAACAUAAGUCAGCAUAAUAAAAUAAAUCAUUUAAACAUAGAAAGGUUACGAAACAAGAAUAUUUAUGCAAAUAAUUCAAUAGUCUCAAAUAAUAAUAAUUUAUCAGAGAAUUUAAUAAAAAAAGAUAAAAGCAUAUCCGAUCUUCUAAGAAAUAAUGUGAAUACAUCAUCUGUUAGUUAUAUAAAUGAAGAAAAUGAAGGGAAAUAUUAUUCUCUUAAAAAGAAUAUAAAGAAUUACAUAAAUGAAAAUAUUAGUGAAGAGAAUAAAAAAAAUAAUAUUCAAAUAAAUAGCUUAAAUAGUAAUAAAAUGCAAGCUAAUUACGAAAAAAAAAACAAUGAAAAUUCAUUUAUGUUCAUCAAUAAAAAUAAUAAAAAUUCUUAUAAUAAUGUUAAUCUAAAUAGUAACUAUAAUUUAUGUAAUAAUUAUAAAUCCGAUAAUAUAAAUAUUGAAAUAUCCUCAUCAAUAGAUAAUAUAUUUUAUAAAAAUGAUGAUUUUAAUUUUACCUACAGUGAAUUAAAAACUAAUACACACACACAAAAAAAAAAUAUGUCACAAAAAGAAAAUAAUAUUUUUGAAGAGUUAAAAGAUGAUAAUGAUACAUAUACAAAUAGUUAUUUAAUAAAUAACUGCUGUGUUAUUAAUAAUAAAUUAGAUAUUAAGCCAAUUAAAAUUAAUGGAAAAUAA